ACUGUCAUAGAUCAUUUGCUAUCACCCACACGGCAUACCAUGAACCGGCAACAUGUUGACCCCUUCCGUCCUCAGGAUUAUAGCAGUAGUCAUUCUCCACAAAGAUCCACUGAUCCAUACAAGAAGAGUUCUCAGCCGAGCACAACCGCAAAAGUUUUCGAAAAUCUCGAGAUCAACUUGCCAGACUCCCAAUAUGACGACAUUGAUGAGAGCACCAAUCGUAUCUCAUCGCCACAGAAAGCGCCCUCAAAGCGGAGAUGCAUUAUCAUGACGCUAGUCGUUGCUUUCGUCACUGUUGUCGCCAUCGUAGUACCAGUCAUCGUUGUUAUUAAAAAUGGACAAGCAACAGACGAAGCCUUGGCACAAGGAGACACCCUGAAGAAUGUUGGUGAUAUUAAAACUCCUGCAACCUCAACUACCUCACUGUCGUCGACGACACCAGCAUCACCGACCCCAUCGUCUACCUUAGAUACAUCUUCUACAUCAUCUUCCUCAGCAACUAGCACUGAUCCAUUCAGAACAUCACCCACGACAACAGCAGUUACAACGUCUACGUCAAGCUCCACUUCAUCCACGACUACAGGGCCCACACAAAGUACAUCUACAGCGUCUACUACAACUACGAUGACAUCAUUAACGGCUACUUCACCGCCACAGACAGAGAUGAAGAUGUUUGGAUCGGAGACGUCACUUGACGACGGAGCAUCGUCUGUCAUCUGCAGCGUGACACAUCCGUACAAUUGGGAAUACGUCAGAAUACGUCACGUCGACAUGAGCGGAAAGAAGAGAGAGAUCUGCAGAAUUGCUAAGGGAUCCAGCCCACAACUCGACAGCGCCAUGGACGCGAACAAAGUCUCGGUUACGUGGAACGUGACGUCAUCAAGUCUGUAUUUCCUAUUGGCGUUCACGCCUGCCAACUGUGAAGACGUGGGGACGUAUUUCUGCGACCUUGUCACGGACUCGGGAACCAGAACAUCUGUUUCCACUGUCACAGUGAAAGCCAUGCCUUCAAAACCUUCUCUGACUACACCCAAGACGGUGGUUGCCGGGCGACGGACUGAGAUCUCAUGCAUGGGGAACGUCGGUUUCCCUGGGGGGAUGAUGACGUUGUAUAUCAAGGACAAGGAAACAGACGUUCUCAGGGAAAUCGGCGCGAAUGAUGGACUGACUCGGGAAUUCAGACGGGAGGAGUGUCACAAUUACGUGAAUCUCACCUAUACAUACAGUCCGCCCCAAGACGGGAACGACACCGCCAUUGUAUGUUUGACGGAAAAUAGUUUCGUAGCAACCGACGUCAUCAGGGCGUCAGCUGAUUUGCAAGUACUCCCGGGCAACAUUUGCACGUCUUCCUCCGGACCCUCCUCCACCGUGCCCUUCCCCUUCACCUGUGAGAGCUUCGUCAUGUGUCAAGGUGGCACGGCGUCGGUGGUGGCCUGCCCCGCCGACACGUGCUACAACGCCGAGACGUUGCUUUGUCAACAAGAUGGCGGAGACACGCCGUCCAAAUCAGAUAUAUCGCUUGUGACAUCAGCAACUAUUCUGAACGCGAGCACUCCGUUUGUGACGUGCAUGGCUUCUAACGUGACGGGCCAAUAUAACCUCACCAUCUCUCAUUCCAACGACGCCGGCAUAUUUGAGAGCCUUGUUUCAGUGUUCCUGAACACUAUGACGUCAUAUUCAGCCUUGACCUCUCGCAACGUCACCUCCAACGUGACGAGGGAAGACGGUAUGGUUGCUGUAUCUCUAAUCGCCCAUGCCAUCUCUUGCACAGAUGGGGGAUUAUAUAGAUGCCAUCUACAAACAGCUUCUGACAAGAUCAGCAGAGAUGGCACCGUGACAGUUAAUGCCCACCCAAACAAGCCAUCCCUUUCAUUUGAUGCGGAGCUGAGAGUGGGCAGGUCAACCCUGGCCGAAUGCAGGGGGUUCGUUGGUUCUCCUGGAGGAAAAAUACUAUGGUUCCUGAAACCCGCUUCCAUGCCAAACUUUAUACAACUGAACAUUGCCAAAGACACAACUGAAAUGUUGGACUGUUCCAAUCACGUGGUUAGCAGCUUCGUGUACACCCCUGUCAUGGCUGCAAAUGGAUCCGUCCUAAAAUGUGUGUCGUCCAAUGAAAACUAUCCUCACAUAUCAGGAGAAGACAACAGCGACAGCACACAACUGCUGCUUCUGACGGGUACGGAAUGCAGAGGUGAAGCAGAUAACAGUAAAAUCAGCCACCCGUACACCUGUAACAAGUACAUACAGUGUUCUGGAUCAACACAGGCUGUAAACACCUGUCCCGAGGGUGUAUGUUUCGAUUCAGUCACACAAACCUGUUUAGAUGGGCCCUGAAGAUAAACCGACCAACAUUUGCUUUAUUAUUUUGUGGAUGUCAAAAACCUGAUGGCGGAAUGUCAAGGUCACAAGUUCCCCGGAUGACAACAGAUCACCACGAUAGGGAUUGGUUAUAGCAACUGUGCCCCGUUCCUGGAAGCGACCUUAGUGCCAUGACUAUCUCAAGUCAGUGUUAAAGUUAGGGCGUUACGACCGUCUACGAACUAAGACAGUCUCGGAGAAGCUGCAUAUUGGGUUGCCCAAUUUUAUUUAUUUUAUAUUAUUUAUAAAACUGUAUUUCUAUGUGUUUUUAUUUUAUCAAAACUGUUUAUAAAAUCAUGGCAAGCGCCAAUGAACACUGUAUCAUAAAUUUAUUAUUAUUAUCA